GUAGAAGAAGAGUGCAUAACCGUAGAAGAAGAGUCGCGGUAAACCGUCAUGGCGCCUGACAGUUAGUAAUGUGACAGCGAAAGCAUCAGAGUCCUGCAAGUUUAUUACAUCCCCUUUGCACCGUGUCUGUGGAUAUCACGCCGCCGCCAUAAUGCAGAUCACGUUGAAAACUUUACAACAGCAGACGUUCAAAAUCGACAUUGACGAGGAGGAAACGGUAACAACAUUAAAAGAGAGGAUUGAACAUGAGAAGGGCAAGGACAAUUUUCCUGUUGCUGGGCAGAAACUCAUCUAUGCUGGUAAAAUCCUCAGCGAUGACUCUGUCCUCAAAGAAUAUAAAAUUGAUGAAAAGAACUUUGUGGUCGUCAUGGUGACAAAGCCUAAGAAGGCCCCCUCAGCAUCUCAGCCGCCACCAGCCACGUCGACGGCAGACACAGCGCCUCCACCAACGCCGCCGUCCGCCUCGCACAAUCCAACUGAGCGACUUCCGGCAGACCGGCAAGCAGAAGCGAGGCGACCUCCUCCUCCUCCUGCUGCCGCUGCGUCGGCUGCGGCUGCGGCCGCCACUGCCAACGCGGUGCCUCCCUCGUCGGGCAUCUGGGGGACCUUAAUGGACGAGGCAGGUUCAAAUGUUGUGACGGGCGCAUCGUAUGACGCCAUGGUGACAGAGAUGAUGCUGAUGGGCUACGAGAGUGAGCAGGUUGUGGAGGCGCUAAGAGCCAGCUUCAACAACCCCGACCGAGCUGUGGAGUACCUCCUCUCGGGUAUUCCAGGCAGGGACCCGGUCCAGGUCAGAGGGUCAGACACCACGUUGAGCGGAGCUCCGGCCGGACCCACGGGGGAUAUAAAUGACCUCGACAACAUGGCCGCCUCGCAGGAUAAUCCGUUGAGUUUCUUAAGGAACCAGCCUCAGUUCCACAUGAUGCGGCACCUGAUCCAGCAGAACGCUUCCCUGCUUCCUGCUCUGCUGCAAGAGAUCGGGAGGGAAAACCCAGAGCUGCUGCAGGAGAUCAGCAACCACCAGGAGCACUUCAUUCAGAUGCUGAACGAGCCUCUGCCCGAGUCGCCCGGGCCCAUGGCCCACGACUCCGGGAGCUCCGGAGGUGCGCCGGGUGACUCGCAGAGCGGCAGUCACUUGAGCUACAUUCAGGUCACCCCGCAGGAGAAGGAAGCCAUCGAAAGGUUAAAAGCGUUAGGCUUUCCCGAGGGACUGGUCAUACAAGCUUACUUCGCAUGCGAGAAGAAUGAGAAUUUGGCCGCCAACUUCCUUUUACAGCAGAACUUUGAUGACGAUUGAGACGACCAACUUUUGCUUUUUUUGUUUUAUUUCUUAAGUUUGAUUGCCGCCAUUGAAUAUAAAGCCAUUUACCAAACUUUACCCCCC